CGUCAAAAUCUGUGCGUCAAAUGGUUGAUGUUGCUGGUGUUUUCUCAUUAAAAUGUGCACUAUUUGUCGAUAAAACUGUUUAUUAUUAAAACAUCGCAUUUGAAAACAGACCAAAAGACUAACGGGAUCAUUUGGAUGUAAAGAGAAACAUACAUAAUCAUUCCUUAGUUAUAAAAUUUAUGUUGUAAAGUAGGCUAAGCUUAUCACAAAAUGGGUGGCCUGUUCAGUUACUUUAGGGGAUUGCUAGGGGCAAGGGAAAUGAGAAUUUUGAUCCUGGGUUUAGAUGGCGCCGGAAAGACUACAAUACUGUACAAAUUGCAAGUCGGCGAAGUUGUCACUACAAUACCAACAAUUGGAUUCAAUGUAGAACAAGUUACAUAUAAAAACCUCAAAUUUCAAGUGUGGGAUCUUGGAGGGCAGACCAGUAUUAGGCCUUACUGGCGAUGUUACUAUGGGAACACGGAUGCAAUAAUAUAUGUUGUAGACUCUGCUGAUAGAGAUCGAAUAGGAAUAUCAAAAGAUGAACUGGUUCAUAUGUUAAGAGAAGAAGAGCUAGCCAAUGCAAUACUUGUGGUCUUAGCAAAUAAACAAGAUAUGGCAGGUUGUCUGACAGUAGCCGAAGUUCAUCAGGCAUUAGGCCUGGACGCCCUUCGCGACCGCACCUUCCAAAUCUUCAAGACUUCAGCAGUUCGGGGAGAAGGUUUAGAUCAAGCUAUGGAUUGGCUGUCAAACGCUUUGCAAGCUAGAAAAUAACAUCAAAGAUAGAGAACAUGUUUGCAAAGGGUAGUGAAAAUUAAAUGCGGCUGAACUGAAUGUGUGAGCGGGACAGAUGAUAACUUAAGUCACCUAUAACGCCAUUAGCUUUAGUACUUAGCAUUGUCACCGAAAGUUUGUAUGUGAAUAUUUUUUUUAAUUGUGUAUCUUGACAUACACCUAAAUUCAUAAUUUAUUUACAAGAUAGAUGCCAUUGUAUGGAUUAACUAAGAAUGGUUAGGAUAUUUUUUCUAUUUCAAUUACCACAAAUUCAAUCGAUUCAAUUUAAGUUGGAACUUUAUCAAUGUCGUAUGAAAAGAUAAUACUAGUUUGCUUCGAAUUGGCUGUCGAUGACCGUUACAAAAUGUGUUCUAGGUCAAUUACAAGCACACCAACUGGUUACGUCAACCAGUAGAGUCAACUGAUCGA